CCCCCCCCCUUUUUUUUUUCCUGCCCGAGGUUGCGGGUCAGAGCGAGCCACUGCAGUGCAACCGUCACCAGCCUUCAGCCUCCCCUCCUCCUUUCUCUCUCUUUCUCUCUGUGCCUCUCGUCGUCCUCCCUUUUUCCGCCCCCUUGGGUCCUCCCCGUCCCCCUCUCCCCCCCCAGUCCCCUUCCCGGCCCGCACCGCCUCGCCAGGACCAGCCCGGACCCGCCCGCCCGCUCGCCGUCCCUCCAGUCGGUCCCGCCGGCCGGCCGCCGCCGCUCAAAAUGGGUAAUGAAGCAAGCUACCCCUUGGAAAUGUGCUCACACUUUGAUGCUGAUGAAAUUAAAAGGUUAGGGAAGAGAUUUAAGAAGCUCGACUUAGACAACUCUGGUUCGUUGAGUGUGGAAGAGUUCAUGUCUCUGCCCGAGUUACAACAGAACCCUUUAGUUCAACGGGUAAUAGAUAUAUUUGACACCGAUGGAAAUGGAGAAGUAGACUUCAAAGAAUUCAUUGAAGGUGUCUCACAGUUCAGUGUCAAAGGAGAUAAGGAACAGAAAUUGAGGUUUGCUUUCCGUAUCUAUGAUAUGGAUAAGGAUGGUUAUAUCUCCAAUGGGGAGCUCUUCCAGGUUCUGAAGAUGAUGGUUGGGAACAAUCUGAAGGAUACACAGUUACAGCAGAUCGUAGACAAAACCAUAAUUAAUGCAGAUAAGGAUGGAGAUGGAAGAAUAUCCUUUGAAGAAUUCUGUGCUGUUGUAGGAGGCCUAGAUAUCCACAAAAAGAUGGUGGUAGACGUGUGACUCAUUUUAGAGCACCACCCAACACUUUUGCUUUCUUCUCCAUCUCUGAAGAUCUGCUCAAGAUGUCCAGCAACGCUCUCUGUGUAUUUAAAUGGAAGUAUUUUUCUCUGUGAAGCCACAUUUUCCAACAUGAGCCUCAUGAAGCCAACUGUUAUUGAACUUUUAUUCUCUCAAUAACUCAGUGUAGCACUUUAAAGUCUGAAGGACAGCACGAUGGAAAGAGCAUAUCAGUAUGGCGGAGAAAGGGAAGGGGUUGGCUUUUUAAUUUAUUUUUCUUCAUCUUUUAUAACAAGGAAAUAUCUAUCUAUAUAUAUAUAUGUAAAUGUAUUUAUAUAUAGAUAUAUAUGUAGCUUUCUAUAUGUAGUAGUUAGGUUGGCUUUAAUUUAAAUAUACUUGAUUAACCGAAACAAAACUAGAGUACAAAAGUGCCAAGCAGAACGUGAAGAGUUCAAAAUAUGGAUAUACAUCCUUACUUUUAUUUCACACAGUUUUAUAUAUAUAGUAGUAGAAGACUGUAAAAUUUAAACUGGGUGUUAGGUCAACUGUCUGUCUUUUCCUUUGAUGCCCUGUCUUCUGACAGGUUUGACAAAGCAUUGCUAUCUUCCUGUUCUCGACCUUAGUUUGGUAACGGAAGAAUCUGUACGUUUAUUUAUACCUGUUAAUAUAUUACCAGGGACUGUGUCUCUUUGCGGAGUAGCCUUUAAUACACGUCUACUUAAGGAGAAGAUGUCAUUUAACACGAAUGCCAAGAAUUCGGCUUUGGGCGCACCUGGUCACGGAGCAAUGCUUAGGGCCGUUUGAUCCCAAAGAUUUGGGAACUGCGGAAUCAGUUGCAUCUCCUUAGUGACCGAGGUGAAUGGAAAUCACCAGGCGUGACCGGGUGCGUUUUACGUUCAGCAGCUGGAAAGUAUCUGGCGCAUUCGUGAUUUCUCUAGGGCCCAGCUUAGCUUAAUGAUGAGAACUUAAGCCCGAUCUUCUAGUUGCGCAGGAUUCCUUCCCGACUGCUCGUCUUCUACACUGCAGAGUGAAAUGAGACAACGUUGGUCAUUAACCUUACGUUGGAACCAUAAUAGUUUUCUUUUGGCAUGAAAAAAGAAAAAUGCAGGUAGCCUAACUGGUAAUAUUUAAUGUGCGGGUGUGUGUGCGCGUGGGCGUGUGUGUGGGCGUAUGUAUAUAUAUAUUGGAUUCAUACAGUGGGGAAAUCUUGUUAACCAAUGCCAUAGAGAAGGGAAACUUUGACAUAUCCAAAUUCAAACCUCUUUCUGCCCGCCUCGGGGGCCGAGAGCAUUUGGAGAGUUUUCUUUCUUGAUUUGUCUAUAUCCUGAUUUAUAUUGAAAGCUAUCUUGAUAUAUUUGUGUGAUAUAAAAGUAGCGAAUCAUAUGUUCCACCACUUUAUAUCAUCCCUUCCCUUUUCUGCAAUGGUACUUAUUGGCUGGAAGAAAAAACAAAAACUUUUGUUAGAUUUUUAGAAGAGUACAAUCUUUCCUAUAUAGAAGUUUUUUCUAUAAAAACUGGUUUUAUAAUCAGCGGUGGAAAGGGCAGGUAGUGUAUGAACCUUCAAUCGAGCACCUGUCUUGCCAUAGCUGUUCCUUCAACUGAGUGCUGCACAACAUGGGCUCUGUCUGUCUGUGAGAGAGAAAUCCAGGUGCUUGGUGUCCUUGCAUGACAUGGAGUUUUGCAUGUAGAUCGAUUUGAAAUGUUCCUCUUGUUUACAUAAUUUGCAUAAUUUAAAAAGAGAAUGUUGCCAAACUUUGGUAAAUGUUAACGUUCAAACCGAAAAUCUCCACUACAUGUAACCUUCUUCCUCUGGAUCAGUACGUGGCUUAUAAUCUCAGCCAGGGGUUUGAUCUGUUCCAGUGUCAACUGCCAUGUGCUCUGCUUCAAGGGGGAACUAGUCUUUUGUGAAUUUUUUGUACAUAAGUAUUUGUUACGAACAUUUUAGCGAACGCUUUCUAUUUCUCUUGCUUGUGCAUAUCUUGGCUGGCGUUAUAGAAAAUAGUGCAAACAUUAUUUCCUUAUCGGGGAUGAGGUUUUUUUUGUUUUGUUUUUUUUUUAGUUUGUGUCGGGGGUGGGGGCGGCGGGGAUGAUUUCUGUUGAAUGUUUAGUUUUUCUUCUGCAUGCUACAUCAUGUUGUGGGAUCUUUAGGAAACUUCAUACUGUAUGAAUAAAAAAAUAAAAUAUUUGAACCUUG